CAGCAAAUUUUUCACCAUUUUUUAUUCCCACCAGCCAUUGAAACUCCCUAAGAAACGAUUGAACCAGAACAUUACUUGACUUUAGAAGUUUUUGAGAGAUGUCUUUUGAAAACAAAAAUUUAUACCACUUAUUGGGUAACGACGUCGAAGACGAUGAAGUCCCACAACUUCCAGUUAAAGAAGUUGUUAAGAAAAACACUUCAUCUAAGAAGGCUGAUGUAGCUCCAGCUUCUGCUGAUCCAGCUAAAGCUAAGAAAAAGGCUAAGGUUACUGGUAAUGAAGGUGCUCUUAAAUCAAAGAAUGACAACAAAGAUGUUGCUGCUCCAUCUUCAACUCCAGCUAAACAUCAAAAGAAGCCAUUUGAUCGUCACUCUAGAACUGCCAAGACUGAUUCUAAAAAGAAAUUAAAACAAGGUUGGGGUGAAAGUGAAGAUAGAGAAGCUGAAGGUGAAGUUGAAGGUGAAGCUGAUGCUAAUGCUGAAUUAGCUGCUGAAGAUGCUGAAGAAGAUGCUGAACCAGAAGUUGCCAAGAGAUCAUUACAAGAUUAUUUUGCUGAAUUACAAUUAAAACAACAAGAAUUAGGUGCCUCUAAACAAGUUAGAAAGGCUAAUGAAGGUGCUGAAGAAAAAUGGACUGCUGAAGAAAUUCUUGAAAAGCGUCAAGCUGCAUUUGUUGAAUCAACUGCUGCUAAGAAAUCCAAGGCUAAAGCUGCUAAGGAAAAGAAAUUCUUAGAAAUUGAAGCUCACUUUGCUGAUGAAACUCCUCAACAAUCAAGAGGAUCUUUUAGAGGUGACAGAGGUUCAUCUAGAGGUUCAAGAGGUACUACCAGAGGUGGUAGAGGUGCUUCAAGAGGUUCUACCAGAGGUGCCAGAGGUGGUGCUUCUACUGGAGCCAAGAAGGCUGAUAACGGUAAGAAAUUUGAUGAACAAAAUUUCCCAUCUUUAUAAGUCGUCCUCACUUAACAAAGUUCAAGUUCUCAACUAAGUUCCUUUUAUAUCAACAUGAAUCUCUUUUGUAUCUAUUGCAAUAUCAUAGUAACGAUCUAGACCUUAGUACCUUGUAGUUGUAGACGUAGUUGUAGUUGUAGUUGUGGUAGACUUGUCAUCAUAGCUCACAACCUCCUGGUUCCGCUAGCAUGUGCAACAGUGAGUUUUUCCCCAGUGAGUGUGCCCCACAAUUUGAGCCGAAUAUU